GCUUGUACUUUGAGUUUGUUGUUCAACUAUUAUUGGUAUUAUGGGCUAGUUACUAUGGGCCCUAAUAGAAAGUCCAAUGAUGAUCGUCCAAAGGGUUAUCAAGAUCGAACACUCUCAUUUUAUCGACAUUAGCGGUCUCCAUUUUCGACGAGAAACCGGAGCUUUUUAAUCGAUUACCCCAUCAAUCCCACGCGGCGAAAGGAAUUGUACAAAGUUAAAGGAAUAAAGCAGCCACAACCGAUGAGGAAAUGCCUUUCAAAAAUGAAAAGGCCCUUUCGGAUAAACUAAACCAUGGUUUCUCGGACGCAGGGUAUUAGAAUAUUUGCACCGUUGCCCGAAAAGUUGUGUACAGAUAUUUUGGAGCUACGCGACUACUCAUUAAUUGCACAUGCAAGUAUUUCACACAAUCCAAUCCUUCGAGCCGCACCAAGAUUCCCAUGUAGAUUUCUAGGUGAGAAAGUAAAGAUGAUGACUUAAACUUAGGCCUAAAACGAUAGGCUUCCGGCAAUGGGGAUCUUUUCCCUAUUUCUUCUUCAAAACUUUAAGUGAUCAAUCAUUUCCGUUUUAAGGUAUCGGAUAUCACUUGCAUAUCUAGAUAUUAUUAACUUUAUCCUCCGUUGCUAUGGUAAAUCAUGUUUCGGUGCGAAACGUCCUAUUUCUCUCAUACACUUAUAAGUGCCGCUGCAGUUGAGCUGCCGAAAGGGCAAAAAGAAUAAGUUCACGAUGGCAAGUCCCUCACACAACAAAAAGAAGGCCGCGUUUGCGAAAUACCUCAUUGAAAAAGAAGAGGAUACCAUAGUCUGCGCCUUCGGAAUUGACUACUUUGCCGGGGCGCGGUGCGGUUCUGGGUUUGGUGGUCUUUUUACCGGCUGGCUGUCUUUCCAUCAAUUUAGAAAAAUCAAAAACGAUCACGUGGAGGCCAACCUUGCCAUUGGGCUAAAACUUGGCGAGCGAAACCCGAACUUCUCCCACUGGACACUUCUGCGCGGUAUGUCUUCGCAGCCGAUGAUGACGUCGGGGUGCCUCGCGCUCAUGGCGACGACGCUUUUUAAAGGGAUGAAAUGUUAUCUCGCCAACCGUCGAUGUCGGGAGUUUGCCGUGGAUGAUGCGGCCUACAACAGGUUGUGGGAGUCUAGUAUGCAAAAUCAGGACUCGUAUGAGGCCUUUGUGAAACUUUUCGAUCCGACCGUCGAGGAGGGGAUCAAUAAUUCCUCCAAAGCGCUUGAGGGACCUACCAAGAGCCCCGGCACCUCUUCUUCACCUUCUUCCCUUUCCGGAAACCCAACGCGGACGGGAACGGCGGCUUCGAAUUCGUCGAAGCCGAACGUGGUGAAUUAUUACACACAAAUGGAAAAGCUAUACAAAACCCGUAAGGAACCGAGCGCUGUGAAGGAGAGACGUCUGCCCACCUUUAUGGAUGGCGUGGCUGUUGGGCUUAUGGGAUCUGUUAUGGACUGCUAUUUGCCGCAGAAAUCGAUCCAAUAUUACUACGGUAUGCGAUUUGGGAUGAGCUGA